AUGUCAGCUCUUUGCAGGCCAAUCUCGACUCGGCUGCAGCUCGCUGCUCUGCGGCCCUCCGCGGCUAGGGCUAUCGUGCCCCAACACCGAAACUACGCCAGGGAUGUGCAGGAGACGACGCCGGAGGACGCACCUGGCCCCCGGGCGACUGGCGAUUCGACACAGAUCAGAGAGCAGAGCGCGGCGGAGGGAAUGAGGCACCAGCCGGAUUACAAUGUUGCCAUCGACUACAGGACAUCCAACUUCUCCCCGAUCCCCAAGCGCGUCAUGGACGGCAGUGAGCCUGGCGAGUCCGUCGCUGCAGCUGUUCUCUCUGGCGCCCCUAUCGACCUCCAGGCACGCACCGUCCGCAUCUACCGUCCCACCAAGGCUGCGACGCAGUCCGGAGAGUGGCACGCUCGCCACUGGCUUAUGGACUGGGACCCGCUUCCCAAGGGCCACAGAUGGGAGAACCCCCUGAUGGGCUGGCAAUCGAGUGCCGAUUUCAUGAACGGACACCGCAUCCAGUUCAGGACGAAAGAAGACGCCAUCAACUUCGCGAACAAGCAGGGCUACGAGUACUUUGUACAAGAACCGAACGAGCGAAGAUUCGUGCCAAAAGCUUAUGCCAAUAAUUUCUUGCACUCCCCGAAGAAGCUAAAGAUCAUUCGAACAAAGUAA